GUGAGGCUGGGCCUGGCAUGGCGGCCGUCGCGAGGACUAUGCGCUGAGCUCCGCUGAUUCAAACCUCUUCAGCUUCGUACGGUGUAUCCGGCCGGCUCCAUGGCGGAGAGAGGCUUCGACCUGUCAGCCCUCCCGAAGGAGGUGAGGGAACAGCUGGCCGAGCUGGAGCUGGAGCUGUCAGAAGGAGAUAUUACGCAGAAGGGCUAUGAAAAGAAAAGGGCAAAAGUCCUGGCUCCUUAUAUCCCUCAAACCCAAGCGGUUGAUCCAGCCCUGCAGAAAGACCAUCGAAACCAAACAAGUGGAUCACCUGCUGGCCCUGCACAGUCAUCCUCCAAAUAUCAUAGAGCCAGAUCCGGAGGUGCUAGAGAUGAACGGUAUCGCUCAGAUAUCCAUACAGAAGCAGUCCAGGCUGCGUUGGCAAAGCAUAAAGAACAGAAGAUGGCUUUGCCUAUGCCAACCAAAAGGAGGUCGACCUUUGUGCAGUCUCCUGCAGAUGCAUGCACUCCUCCAGACACGUCAUCUGCCUCUGAAGAUGAAGGCUCUCUAAGACGACAGGCCGCCCUUUCUGCUGUACUCAAUCAAAGUUUACAGAAUACGGAUUCCUGGAUUAAUAAGUCCAUUCAGGGCUCCUCUACGUCAUCUUCAGCAUCCUCUACAUUGUCCCACGGGGAUGUUAAGAGCACCAGUGGAUCCUUAGCCGAUGUCCUUGCCAAUACUCACCUAGAAAGUCUGUUGGCUCCUCCUGAUGUCACGAGCACCACAAACACAACCACAUCCUCGUCAUCCUCCUCAUCCUUGUCCAAUGUACGCCCAGCAAGUAUUGACCUACCACCCACAGCGCUGGUAAAGGGGGUGCACAAAGCAGCAAGAAGGUCCAGCCUUAUGGACACUGCAGACGGGGUGGCAGUCAGUAGCCGAGUAUCUACAAAGAUCCAACAGCUCCUGAAUACACUGAAGCGACCAAAAAGACCACCGUUAAAAGAAUUCUUCGUGGAUGAUUUUGAAGAGAUUGUGGAAGUUCCUAGGCCGGAUCCUAACCAACCAAAACCAGAAGGUCGCCAGAUGACCCCUGUGAAAGGAGAGCCGCUGGGAGUGGUGUGUAAUUGGCCACCGUCCGUCGAAGCAGCUUUGCAGCGCUGGGGAACAACACAAGCAAAAUGUUCAUGUCUCACCGCCCUAGAUGUGACGGGGAAACCCGUCUAUGCACUAACAUACGGGAAAUUGUGGACCAGAAGUGUGAGACUGGCUUACACCCUUCUUAACAAAUUGGGGACCAAAAAUGAGCAGGGACUGAAACCAGGCGAUAGGGUGGCCCUGGUUUAUCCCAAUAAUGAUCCAGUCAUGUUUAUGGUUGCUUUUUACGGAUGUCUCCUGGCAGAAGUCAUUCCAGUGCCGAUUGAGGUACCUCUUACUAGAAAGGAUGCUGGAGGGCAUCAGAUUGGGUUCCUGCUGGGAAGCUGUGGUGUGAAGCUUGCUCUUACCACUGAGGUUUGCCUGAAAGGACUGCCAAAAACACAGAAUGGGGAAAUUGUGCAAUUCAAGGGGUGGCCAAAGCUGAAGUGGGUUGUGACUGAUUCCAGAUAUCUGACCAAGGCACCAAAGGACUGGCAACCACACAUCACAGUAGCUGGCACGGAGCCUGCAUAUAUCGAGUAUAAAACCAGUAAAGAAGGCAGCGUGAUGGGGGUGGCAGUUUCCCGAAUAGCAAUGCUUUCUCAUUGUCAAGCUCUUUCUCAGUCUUGUAAUUACACAGAAGGAGAAACCAUGGUAAAUGUCCUCGAUUUUAAAAGGGAUGCUGGUCUCUGGCAUGGCAUGCUAACGAAUGUAGUAAACAAGAUGCACACAGUCAGUGUUCCAUACUCUGUGAUGAAAGCGUGUCCCUUAUCUUGGGUGCAAAGAGUCCAUGCAAAUAAAGCCAGGGUUGCAGUAGUGAAGUGCAGGGACUUGCACUGGGCUAUGAUUGCACACCGAGAACAGAAGGAUAUCAGUUUGGCAUCACUUCGCAUGCUCAUUGUAACAGAUGGAGCCAAUCCAUGGUCUGUUUCAUCUUGUGAUGCUUUCCUAAGUUUGUUUCAAAACUAUGGUCUUAAACCUGAAGCGAUUUGUCCAUGUGCCACAUCUCCGGAAGCCAUGACUGUAGCCAUCCGAAGACCUGGGAUUCCUGGGGCUCCACUGCCUGGAAGAGCCAUUUUGUCCAUGAGUGGGUUAAGUUAUGGCGUUAUCCGUGUAAAUACUGAAGACAAGAACUCUGCACUAACGGUUCAAGAUGUCGGACACGUGAUGCCUGGAGGGGUCAUGUGUAUUGUAAAGCCAGAAGCCCUGCCGCAGUUAUGUAAAACGGAUGAGAUUGGAGAAAUCUGUGUGAGUUACAAAGGAAGUGGGAUAAGUUAUUACGGAUUGUCAGGAGUGACAAAGAAUACAUUUGAGGUCUUACCAGUUGGUGCCACUGGAACCCCGAUUGGGGAAACGCCGUUUACCAGAACUGGCUUAUUGGGCUUUGUAGGACCUGGGAACCUUGUAUUUGUGGUUGGAAAAAUGGAUGGGACGUUGUUGGUUAGCGGAAGGCGGCACAAUGCAGACGAUAUUGUAGCAACAGCAUUAGCCGUGGAAUCACUUAAAACCUUGUACAGAGGAAGGAUUGCUGUGUUUUCUGUCACGGUGUUCUAUGAUGAACGCAUUGUGGUGGUGGCAGAGCAGCGACCUGAUGCCUCUGAGGAGGAUUCGUUCCAGUGGAUGAGUCGUGUCCUACAGGCCAUUGAUAGUAUCCACCAAGUGGGAGUUUACUGCCUUGCCCUUGUUCCUGCAAACACAUUGCCAAAAACUCCACUUGGAGGAAUCCACUUAUCUCAAACAAAACAGCACUUUUUGGAAGGCACCUUACAUCCAUGUAAUAUACUCAUGUGUCCACACACGUGUGUGACCAACUUGCCAAAGCCAAGGCAGAAACAGCCAGGAGUAGGCCCAGCAUCUGUUAUGGUCGGCAAUCUGGUUGCAGGGAAGAGAAUUGCUCAGGCAUCAGGGAGAGAUCUUGGACAGAUAGAAGAAAAUGAUUUGGUGAAAAAGCACCAAUAUUUGUCUGAAAUCCUUCAAUGGAGAGCACAAUCCACACCUGAGCACAUUCUCUUCAUACUACUCAAUGCAAAGGGAACGGCCAUUUGUACUGCGUCCUGUUUACAGCUUCAUAAGAGAGCGGAGAGAAUAGCAGCCACCCUGGUGGAUAAAGGGCAUCUAAAUGCUGGGGAUAACGUGGUACUUCUCUAUCCUCCUGGCAUUGAACUGAUAGCUGCAUUUUAUGGCUGUCUAUAUGCUGGUUGCAUUCCCGUUACAGUCCGGCCGCCUCACGCCCAGAACCUCUCGGCCACCUUACCCACAGUACGGAUGAUUGUAGAUGUAAGUAAAGCUUCUUGCAUUCUCACAACACAAACCUUAUUGAGAUUGCUAAAGUCCAAAGAGGCAGCAGCUGCGGUGGAUGUGAAAACCUGGCCAACCAUCAUAGAAACAGAUGACUUGCCCAGAAAGCGAUUACCUCAGAUAUAUAAACCACCUACACCGGAAAUGUUGGCCUACCUUGAUUUCAGUGUUAGCACCACUGGCAUGCUCACAGGGGUGAAGAUGUCCCAUGGAUCUGUAAAUGCACUUUGCCGGGCGAUAAAAUUACAGUGUGAGCUGUACUCUACACGCCAGAUUGCCAUAUGUCUAGAUCCUUACUGUGGACUUGGUUUUGUACUUUGGUGCCUUUGCAGUGUUUACUCUGGUCACCAGUCUAUAUUAAUUCCUCCUAUGGAGUUGGAAUCCAACUUAUUCCUUUGGCUGUCUGCUGUAAGUCAGUACAAGAUUAGAGACACAUUCUGUUCCUAUUCUGUAAUGGAAAUGUGCUCAAAAGGCCUUGGGAACCAGAUUGAGGUGCUGAAGACAAGAGGAAUAAAUCUGUCUUAUGUACGGACUUGUGUUGCGGUGGCAGAAGAACGUCCAAGAGUUGCUCUCACGUAUUCCUUUUCAAAACUUUUCAAAGACCUUGGUCUGUCUCCACGUGCUGUCAGUACUACCUUUGGAUCAAGAGUCAAUACUGCAAUAUGUUUACAGGGAACCUCAGGGCCGGAUCCUACAACAGUGUAUGUGGAUCUCAAAUCCCUUCGGCAUGACAGGGUACGCUUAGUGGAGAGAGGGUCUCCUCAGAGUUUGCUUCUCCUGGAGUCUGGAAAGAUUUUACCUGGAGUCACAGUGAUUAUUGUUAAUCCUGAGACCAAAGGACCCCUGGGAGAUUCUCAUCUUGGUGAGAUAUGGGUGAAUAGUCCACACACGGCCAGUGGAUACUACACUAUAUAUGACAGUGAAACUCUGCAGGCUGAUCACUUUAACACCAAACUCAGCUUUGGAGACACCCAGACACUUUGGGCAAAAACUGGAUACCUUGGCUUUGUCCGUAGAACAGAACUGACGGAUGCGAGUGGAGAACGGCAUGAUGCCUUAUUUGUUGUUGGAGCACUGGAUGAAACACUGGAGCUGCGGGGACUGCGCUACCAUCCUAUUGACAUUGAGACCUCAGUGUCACGCACGCACCGAAGCAUUGCUGAGUGUGCUGUGUUCACAUGGACCAACCUGUUGGUGGUGGUUGUUGAGCUCUGUGGUUCUGAACAAGAAGCUCUGGACCUUGUUCCUCUUGUGACCAACGUUGUGCUGGAAGAACAUUACUUGAUUGUGGGAGUGGUGGUGGUGGUAGAUCCUGGAGUUAUUCCCAUCAACUCUCGAGGGGAGAAACAACGGAUGCAUCUACGGGACAGUUUCUUAGCGGAUCAUCUAGAUCCGAUCUAUGUUGCAUACAACAUGUAAAGACUUUACCUUAACCACUCAAGACGUUCCACCGGGUUAUUAUUUUUGUCAAAAUUUCAUGUAAAAAUUCCAGUGCUUGAUAAUAGUUUUAAAACGUGUGUUAUCUUUUUAGCAUAACCUCUAGUAGAUCAGGGCCUGCAUUAUAUUACGAAAGGGAACACUGUGCUACGGUAGUAUUAAAAAGCGAGUCACUGGACGUUAACUGUAUCUUAGCUACAGAACUGUUGGUGCGGGUACGGCAUUUGUGGUGCCAGCACAUAGUGGGCACCCUGCAUGUAGUACGUUUACCUAGUUCUUCAGUGGAGAGUUAUUUAAUUUUGAAAGGAUUUUUUUUUUAAAUCCUUCCUAUUUGCAGCGGUAGCUUUGUUUUGUCUUAACUAAAUUAAAAUUCGGUAGUAAAACUGCUUCUUCAUAAUGGUGCCAUGAGUGCCCUGCUUCAGUAGCACAGAGCUGACAGUCUGCUGAGCCUAGAUGCCACCAGAGUGGGGCACUCAAAAAAAAAUAAAAAGAGACUGUGUAGGAUUUAGAUUUUCCAUUUAGGUAGGUCUUAAAUGUAAAAUAUUCUGCCUAUAUUUUAAAUAUGUAAAUAUUAAUAUAACAAUUCUCAACAUUCAGAUCCGCUUGUGGUAAAUAUGGAGGUGAUGUUGAAUUGUUCUGUUGCAGUCGCAGAGGGUUUAGCAUUUUUAAUAGUUUUUUAGAGCGCAGGGGGCAUGCCAGCUGUAGCUUACCAGCCGAACGACCAGGCUAGCCCUUGUUCACACGCUGCAGUGAAGCUCACGUUUGCCCGUUUCUGUUAUAGACAAUGCAAGUGAUAGAACGAUUGUCCUGAUCCAUACAGAAGUAUUUUGUUGCCUACAAAUAUGUCGUUAAUUAUAUGCUGAAUGUUUUAAUGAAUUUGUCUUUAGGAAAUUUGCUAACUUACUCAACUGUAUUGCCAGCAGGUAGAAAACAGAACUUAAUAUCGAUGCACUUUUACAUUACUGCCUUCUUUCCAUUGCGGCAAGAGAGUAUUCUCUUCAAUGGCUGAAUAACGUCUGUGAUCUGGAGUGAAUUCGUUCAUACCCAGCUUCUCAUAUACUCCACAGUCAUAUACGCGCUCUGCUCCCAAGACCAUUCUCAGUGGUGAAACGUCAUUUAGCUUGGAACUGUCUGUCGCCUUGACUGCACAUCAUGCUGGCGACUAGAACAGUAGUUUUUUUCUAGUUAUGCUGUGGUGACUACUGCUUGUAAAGUUAUUGUCUGCUGUCAUCAAUGGUUACACAUGUAUUUCGUAUUCUACUCACUUGCCAGAAAGCAGUAUCCAAGCUUAGGAGUAGCACCUAGCACGUUCAAGUGAUUCCAAGUCUAACAGUACAGUAGAUCUACUGGGCCACAUGGCGCAUCGACCUACGUGAUCGGCAGCAAGGCAUGCAGCCUCUGAGCAGGGUAUGUCGUGAGGACUUCCCCUUGGCACCUUAACCUGGGCAUAUAUGUAAUCAUUGACCACACAUGUUGUUAGCACACUGUAAAGCAUUACUCCAUACAGCAGUAUGUUCUCCCAUACAAAUGUCUGUGACUUGGUCAUAUUUACUAGGUUAUAACUAAUGUCCUGGUCCCCAACAAGGGUGUCACAUUUCUCCAGUAAGCGUAAGGCCAACAUUUUACUGCGCAUGCUCUGUCUCUCUGAUCAUUAGGUAUUUUCUUUUAUAUGAUUAUUACAUACAGUUACGUUUUUGGAUGUGAUUAGUGAAUUGGGCCACAA